AAAUGAAUCGGUCGGUUAAAUGCGGCUUUUCACUCAUUGUUUUCAUAGUGACCUUUGAUUUUCAUUGCUGCACUACUAAGAACAUCUUGACGAAGGCGGAAUAUCGACACGAAAUAGAGAAGUGGCUGAAAGAUAUAGACGUGGAUUUCCGCAGGUUCAACUCCCUAGCCAGUCGUCUAACUUGGGAACUUAGCGUUAAUCCGGAAAACGUCAAAUAUUCAGAGUACGGCAAAGAACUGACGUUGAUCAAGAACAGGUGGAGAAAUGCGAUAUGCGGAAAGGAAAUUCAGAGAGACUGGUUGACGGGGCAACAACGAAGGAAAAUGUUUUUGUUGUGUAGAGGUGGGAAAUUCACCGAUAAAGGUAUUGUAAAAUAUAUAGAAACCAUGGGAGAACUAGCCGAGGCUUACGGUGCAGAAAUUUGCUUACCUUCAACAGAAAAUUUCGUCGAUUUCUACUCGAGGUUAUUUGCAAACGUUUCUGUCCAACUAACACUUCCCCAACCAGGAGAUUGUUUAUCUGGAGAGCCAGAUUUGGAGAUCCUGAUGAAACGACAAGACCUCAACGCCGAUCAGUUGAGAUGGAUUUGGCACCUCUGGCACAACUCAGUAGGACCGAGGGUUAAGAAGCCUUUUCUCGAGGUGGUGGAUGUCUUAAACAGAGCAGCCAGGGCAAACGGAUAUCUCGACAACGGUGAAGUAUGGAGAGAAGAGCUUGAAACACCGAAUCUCGAAGAAGUCGUUGAUCGACUAUAUUCAGAAAUAGAACCUCUGUACAAAAUGCUCCAUUCGGUGGUCAGGUAUAAGCUUUACGAGAAAUUUGGACCAUCAGAAAUCGAUUUGAAAGGACCAAUUCCCAUACACUUAUUAGGAAAUAUGUGGGGUCAAGAUUGGUCCUACCUCAUCGGUCUCUUUAUGCCCAAGAACUUCAAAAUACUGCUGAACGAAAGGUUGCAGUCCAAAAAUUUGACAAUGAGACAUAUGGUUUUGGAAGCCGAAGAUUUCUAUGCGUCUAUGGGGAUGCCGAGGAUGACUAGGAAGUUCUGGAAAUAUUCGAUACUGCAGAAGAAGGAUAACACUUCUGUUUGUCAUGGAACCGCAGCCAAUCUAUAUAAUGAUGGCGAUUUCAGGAUCAUGAUGUGUGGCCAGCCUGGUAUAGAUGAUUUUUAUGUGAUUCAUCAUGAGAUGGGGCAUAUCGAAUACUACAUGGCGUAUGAACAACAACCGGCAGUAUUCCAGGAAGGCACUAACACAGCUUUCCACGAAAGCAUAGGAGACGCCAUCAUGCAUGGAGUGAUGACGCCUCAACAUCUACACCGCAUAAGCUUGCUCCGAGACGAAGAACUCUUUGACAGCUCAACCGAUUUCGCCCUGAAUCUACUGCAAGGCCUCGAGAAAAUUGCGGAGAUCCCGUUUGCCCUUCUGAUCGACAAGUACAGAUGGAAAAUAUUCAGCGGUGAGAUUUCCAGGGAUAAACUGAACGAGGCCUAUUGGAAAAUGAACAGGAUGUACCGAGGGGUUGUUCCUCCUGAGGGUAGGGGAGAGGUUUACUUCGAUGCAGGGGCAAAGUUUCAUAUACCGGAUGGAACUCCCUAUAUAAGGUACUUCCUCAGCGGCAUACUUCAAAUGGACCUCUUCAAGAGCUUGUGUGAAAUCACAGUCUUGGGUGGAAAUUCAAGGAAUAAAGAUGAGGAAAAAAUAUUACCAUUGCAACGCUGUGAUAUUUAUGGUUCUAAAAAAGCUGGAAAACACUUAAGGCGUGUCAUGGCGCUCGGAUCUAGUGUCCAUUGGAGUGUGGUGCUGAACCUGCUGACAGGUCACAGUCAUCUAACAACAAGGCCUUUCCUUCAAUACUACGAACCUGUAUAUAAAUGGCUGAAAAACUAUGUUGAAGCUCACAAUCUCUAUGUUGGAUGGUGAAUUAAACUGUUAAAUCGUAGUUCGUUUAUGUUAGUUCUUCUUGUUUCUCCAACUUGAAAUGAAUAAAUGAAAUAUGUCCAAAAAUAUU